AAGGCGGAGUCGGUCUCGCAUCAGGACCAGUCUGACUGCACCUGCAUCCUGAGCUCAGCGCGUCCCUGGAGCAUCUUAAGAGAGCGCAGCUGGCAGCCAGGGACUGGACCGUCGCAGGAGACGUCCGCCAGAUACCUUCCCCCACCCAGACCUAGAGACCCGCAGCUGCAGCCUCGGUACCGGCGGGGGUGGGGGGGUCCCCAGAGUUACCUGACCGUUGCGUUUAAUAGCAUCAGCCUCUGAUUACGACAUGGCCGAGAUCACCAACAUCCGACCUAGCUUUGACGUGUCCCCAGUGGUGGCUGGCCUCAUCGGGGCCUCUGUGCUGGUGGUGUGUGCUUCAGUGACUGUCUUUGUCUGGACGUGCUGCCACCAGCAGGCAGAGAAGAAGCACAAGACCCCACCGUACAAGUUUAUUCACAUGCUCAAAGGCAUCAGCAUAUACCCAGAGACCCUCAGCAACAAGAAGAAAAUCAUCAAAGUGCGGAGAGACAAGGACGGCCCUGGCAGGGAAGGUGGACGCGGGAACCUGUCGGUGCACACGGCAGAGGCUGGCCUGCUGAGCCGAGACAAAGAGCCCAAGGGGCCCGGCGCCGGCUCGUGUAUAGACCAGUUACCCAUCAGACUGGACUACGGGGAAGAACUGAGGAGCCCCAUCACGAGCCUGACCCCCGGGGAGAGCAAAACCACCUCUCCGUCAUCUCCUGAGGAGGACGUCACGCUGGGAUCCCUCACCUUCUGGGUGGACUACAAUUUCCCGAAAAAAGCCCUGGUGGUGACAAUCCAGGAGGCCCACGGGCUGCCAGUGAUGGAUGACCAGACCCAGGGCUCUGACCCUUACAUCAAAAUGACCAUCCUGCCUGACAAGCGGCACCGGGUGAAGACCAGAGUGCUGCGGAAGACCCUGGACCCCGUGUUUGAUGAGACCUUCACGUUCUAUGGCAUCCCAUACAGCCAGCUGCAGGACCUGGUGCUACACUUCCUCGUCCUCAGCUUUGAUCGCUUCUCUCGGGACGACGUCAUCGGGGAGGUCAUGGUGCCACUGGCCGGGGUGGACCCCAGCACGGGCAAGGUCCAGCUGACCAGGGACAUCAUCAAGAGAAACAUCCAGAAGUGCAUUAGCAGAGGGGAGCUCCAGGUGUCUCUGUCCUACCAGCCUGUGGCACAGAGAAUGACAGUGGUGGUGCUCAAAGCCAGACACCUGCCGAAGAUGGACAUCACCGGUCUUUCAGGUAAUCCGUACGUCAAGGUGAACGUCUACUACGGCAGAAAGCGCAUCGCCAAGAAGAAGACCCACGUCAAGAAGUGCACUUUGAACCCCGUCUUCAACGAGUCUUUCAUCUACGACAUCCCCACCGACCUCCUGCCUGACAUCAGCAUCGAGUUCCUGGUCAUCGACUUCGACCGCACCACCAAGAACGAGGUGGUGGGGAGGCUGAUCCUGGGCGCGCACAGCGUCUCGGCCAGCGGGGCUGAGCACUGGCGGGAGGUCUGUGAGAGCCCCCGCAAGCCUGUAGCCAAGUGGCACAGUCUGAGCGAGUACUGACCCUGCCUGCCUCUGACCCGAGCCAGGCUGGGAGGGAUGCGGCAGGGAGAGCAGACGGAGAAGGACUCACAGCCUCACUUCAGUUGUAGAGAAAAUUUCUUACAAAACAGACCCCACAGAGAACACCCCACAAGGCACUAGGAAUUCUUCUGGUUUUUAACUGGGAAAAAAGAACGGGGAAGACCCUACGCGUCUAUAUAUAACAAUGUAACCUUACACUUGCAUGUCUAACACAAACUGAAGAACGUAGCCUAUCUGCCAGUAGCAAGUUGCAGAUUUUAAUCCAUGAAAAUCGUGUUUUGUGCCGAAUUGUAUUUGCUGAUUACCCAAAGUUGGCGUCUUCUCCUUGGGCUUUCUCUAGAGAGGUGUUUUCACUCCCCACCUCUGCAGAAGAAAACUUUGCUCUUGUAAAACCUCACGUUUUCAUCACCCGCAUCUCUUCUCCCACCUCUCGGGUCUCUGCGCUUUGCCAGGCGGGUGGUGUGGCUGUGGCUGGGCUGGCAGGGAGAGCGAGACCCCGAAGUGGGCGUCUCUGCUGCUGUCCCUGCCGCUGCCGGGGGGGCAGUUACGCUUCACACAAUGCACCGGGUUUAUCAAGUAGAACUUGGGGCCACAGAACUAGCUGACUUCCCUCGGCUGCAGGCAGAGCCGCUGACGCCGAGGUUAUCCGAGGUAGGAGGUCAGGGAAGGGCCUGACGCCCUCUGCAGCUCUCACCAGGCCACCGGGAGUCCCCGCAGGUCCGAGGCUUGCGCUGGACUUCGGCGCCCAGAAACGCUGGCCACGGGAAGCUGCAGGUUCUCCUUAAGUGGCUUAGAUGUUCUAACGAGGUUAGUUUUGUUCAUAAGGGAAAAGGCCCUCAGAACCUAGUCUCUCUCCUUGCAUUUCUCAAUAAUACGGAUCUUUAAACAAACAGCUGUGUGACUGAGUUGUAAACAUACUUUUCCUUUCCCUCCAGAUAAAUGCAGGGCUCCUGGAGGGCGGGAGAAGGUGCUCAGUCCUCCCUGCGCUGCUGGGCAGAACAGGCCAGGGGAGCCGCCUCGGAUCUGGGGCAGCCCCGUCCCGGGUGGAGGCCCCGUAACGUGUACCGUGCGGUGUGGGAGCGGAAGAGUCUCCCUGGAGAGGGUGGUGACAUUGCCUCUGGUGUCCCCUGAGCUCUUGUGGCUUUAAAACCAGUCUGCUUCCUUGCUGCGUCCUCUGCUUGGGUUUUGUUCUAACCUAGACUCUUGACAGCGCAGAGCAGUUCUGUGCAGGCACAAAGCCUCUUCUCUGUCCUGGCCCCUGCCACCCCCACCCGCACCCCCAGAAUCCGACUCUCUCAUCACCGGUUGGGGCCACACCACUAGUCUGUCCUCGAACCCGUGGAGUGUAAAUAUUGUAUCAUACGUAGAAGAAAAAAAUUUUGUUUUCUAAAAAUGCAUUUUGAGAUAGUUUAAUGUAAAUCUGGCAGGAGCAUUCUGAAGCCCCAUUAGGAAGAAAUUUAAAUGGUUCCUCUUCAUCGCCUUAAUGUCUAAAGAUCAGAAACCGCUGAGCAACCCGCUUUUGUUUCCUUCCC